AGUGGUCCAUCUCUGCUAUACUAUCUCUGUUUGAACAUCCCCCAGACACUUCGCUCCCAUGUCUUUUGUCCUUUGCCAGUCGCUGUAGACAGGGCCGUCAUAAACGCCAUCGCAUCAGACACCGGACGUUUGCAUUGCUGAAGGUCGUGAACUACGCGGAUGGCAAUGUCACUCCCAAAGCCAGCAAUGAGAGGCCUCCUGGCCAAGCGUUUGAGGUUUCAUUUGCCCAUUGCAUUCGGUCUUUCCCUGCUUGCUGCAGCCGCCUUCAAGUUCACUGUAACAGAGCCCCGGAAACGGGCCUAUGCUGACUUCUACAAACAGUACGAUGCCAUGAAGGAGUUCAAUGCCAUGAGGGAAGCUGGUGUCUUUGAAAGUGUUAGACCCUCAGGAGAAUAAAGUGAUAUGUGAAAGGCCCUAUAAAUAUUUUGUUUCCCCCCUGCAUUCCUGGUCUACAACUGUGUCUUUAUAAGAUUACCGGAUAUGAACAUUGAUGUCUGAUGUUCUCAUGAAUAUUCAAAUAAACUAUUGACAGCUUCAAUCACAA